AUGCCUGAAUGGGGCGGUGUGCCAGCUGCUGCACCUGAAGGCAAGGAGGCCGUAGAUGCUGACUUUUCUGCUUCGUCGUCGCCGUCGUCAUUCUUUGCGCGUCGUCGCAAUCAACACGUGGAAGCAGAGGAACGACCUGAUUCAGAUCCUGAUACCACACCAGUGCCGCCUGCGCGAAAGCCGCCUGUCGUUCUGGGACCCGAUGGGAAGCCAUGCCGCGCGUGCAGUUCAAAGCUAGCAUUUGGCUCGGCGCUCCGCGCAGCAUCGAGGUCAUCGACAAAUACUUCGUCAGCCCCUGUUCCACCGCAAGAUGACUGCCCCCCUGAUGUCGAAGAACUGGGCCGUGCUACAUGGACGUUUCUGCAUUCAGCUGCGGCGUACUAUCCAAACGAGCCUAGUGACAUACAGCGCAGGUCGAUGCGUGCUCUGCUAGAUGCUUUGCCACAUGUAUACCCAUGUUCGGUGUGUGCAGAAGAUCUGGGUCGUGCGUAUGCGACAAGCGACAUAGCCAGUGAACAUGCGCGUGAGCGUGCUGUCCAGAGCGGCCCAGGCCUGCGUCGCUGGCUGUGUGAGGUACACAACCAAGUAAACGAAAAGCUUGGUAAGCCGGUGUGGGACUGUAAUGACGUGAAGCGGCUUGCUUUUCGGUGGUUUGAGCCACCAGAGGAGCGCGAGUGUUAA